AUGUCAACCAAUACUCGUCCAGAGCUCAAAUUCUUCCUCUACUCGGAUCCGGCGGAGGCAAAGACAGCAGACAACAAGAGGCUAGUGAGAGUCCAUGUCGCCCGAAAUUCUCAUGCAAAGACCCGUUCUGCCCGGACCAGGGCGUCGAGAGGAGAGCAAGCAGAUUGCCUGCGGUCUCGUAGCCACGAGCCCAUUCGCCAAGUCGUCAGCCGAACCUCUUCUCCAUCGUUGCCGUCCACAACCCCGACAUCCCCAGACCUUUCGAGUGACCUCGAUCUUGAGACAUCCCUCUCGAGACCAUUUAACUGGUUGCCGUCAGGGGCCCAAGCUCAAUCCCUUGUUCAAGGGCUGUCGUCGUUGGAGCAGUCUCUAUUAGACCAUUAUGUGACAGUGCAGAUACCGACCUGGCAAAGCCGAUAUGAAUAUCCUAACAAUCCCAUGGAUCUCCCGCGGUUCCGUCAUGGAAUGAGGACGCAUUGGGUCAACUUCUGUCUGACAGACGCUGGGCUUCUCCAAGGCAUGUUGCUAGCCUCGAGCCAACAUUUCGCGAACCUCUAUCACGAAGCUGGGAACCCAAAAGAGGCCAAGGCAUACGAGCAGCAAGCGUUGCAUCACAGGGGCCAGCUUCUUCGUGCCAUGUCCGAUUCGAUGCCGAGGGAUACAAGGGAUGUCACCGACUACACUGUCGCGAAGGGCAUGUUUCUCGCAUACAACGAGGUUUGUCUCUAA